AUGGUAGGGCAAGCCGGGGGGGUAUUCUCUGAUGGGUUUCACGAAAAGGAUGCCUAUAACUACAUCGAGAAGACCAAGCGAGAGAAGAUUGUUGAUGGAGACGCUAACGCCGCAAUAAUUUAUUUAGAGGGAAAAGUAGUGUCGGAUCCGAUGUGCAUGGCUAGGUACAAUUUGACAGACAACAAUAUGCUAGCAAACUUGUUUUGGGCUGAUGGUGGGAGCCGGGUUGAUUACCAACAUUUUGGUGAUGUGCUUUCCUUCGAAUCGACUUACAAGAAAAACAAAUAUAGGAGACCUUUGGUUAUCUUUUUUGGUUUGAACAAUGCCGAAGCAAACAACCAUAUUUGGGUGAUUGUGACAGACAGGUGUGACUCAAUGAGGGCAGCAAUCAGGGCGGUGUUUUCGGAAGCCACACAUAGGCUGUGUGCUUGGCAUAUGCAGAAGAACGUGAUUUCGAAUUUGAAGGAUGAAGGCAUAAGACAACUUUUCACUAGGUGGCUGUACUCAAAUAUAGAGAUAGAAGAGUUUGAGGCAGAGUGGGACGCAGCUAUUGUUGAAUACCGACUUCAUGAUAGUUUUUGGGCAAAGGAAACCUAUGAUAAGCGGAAAAUGUGGGAAAAUACGUACUUAAGAGACAAAUUUCGUGCCGGGUUCCGCACUACUUCUUGA